AUGGAGUCUAUCGAUGAAUACUGGAAUUCAUUCCAGAACAUGAACCUCGACAGCGACCAUGCAAAGAAGAUAAAAACAGUCCUCGAAAAAGCAAAUUUCACUCAUCUCUGCUCUGAAGCCACAAAGAUUCGCCGAGAAAAGUCCAUAGAUGGAUUAACCUGUUCUGUGAACAUAGCAAAGUUCACCUACGGAACAUACAACCUCGUGAUAGCCCUGACCUUCUCCGACAAAAUCCAAUGGAUAGCAAGAAUCAUGCUUCCCCAAGACGAAGAUGACUUAGUAUCCGAAGACCCGACAAACGAAGACGUUACAAAAUCACUUUUGAGCGAAAUAGCAUCUAUGAACUAUAUCCGCUCCAAAACAACCAUCCCCAUCCCCCGCGUUUUCGGGCAUAGCGUCACAAAGAACGCCUUCGGUCAUCCCUAUAUCCUAAUGGAAGCACUCCAAGGAACCGUCCUCGAGAACCGAAUGGCCCUCUCAAUACCCGACACCCACAAAAGGAAAUUCGCCGCCCAAUUCGCCGGCUAUAUCUACGAACUAGGCACCCUCCAAUUCCCCAAAAUCGGCUCUCUAUCAUACGAGUCCAACGAACUCGAAAUCACCCCAUUCCAAAUAUCCAGUUCCUGGAUUAACCCUCUAUCAUCCUCACUAGAAUAUUCCUAUCUCUUCCGAAAAGCGGAAACAAAAGAAAUCCACUCCGAACACCCCGAUGUAACAGACUGGGCAGCUGCAGCAUGGUUCCUUGAAAAAUCACUAACGUCAAUGGUAACCGAAGAACAUCUCUACGGUCCAUUCCCAUUAUGUCAUUUGGAUCUGGAUUACAAUAAUAUACUCGUUGACGAGGAGUUUAAUAUCACUGCUGUGCUUGACUGGAGUAAUACACAGACUGUGCCAAUUGAGAGGUUUGUCGUGAAUCCGGAAUUUGUUGCGCCUCCUGCUGCACCGGAGGAGUAUAAACGGGCAGUUUUUGAGUUUCGGGAUAUUUUUGUGCAGGAGUUGGGGAGGAUUGAAGGGAGGAAGGAUGAGGAUAGGGGAUUGUCGUUGUCAGGUCUGUUUGGGUCGUCUUUGGCUGAGGUUGUUUUUCGGUGUACUUGUAGUCCUGCGCGGAGGGCUGUUUUUGAUGCUCAGCUUACGCUUGCUCUGACUUUUGGUAGAGAUGCUAAGUGGGAGGAUUUUAAGAAGUUCUUUAAUGGGCGGUUGGCGUGA